ACGUCGCUUCAAAAUGAACCUUUUCUGCUUCAGUCUGGAGGGCUCUACAGACAGCCUGUAUGAGGCACCGCAGACAAGCUCUGGUCCAACACCAUGGAGCCCCAAGUGGCUCGGCUCGGAGCCCUGCAUCGCUCCGGAGCUUCUCCAGACUCCCACUAAGCAGUGUAAGAUGGAAGUGAAGAAAGCAACGAGAAGAUCAUGCACGUCAGAGGUAACACGCAUCAGUGACAAAACGGCAUCCAGUAAUGUCUACUGUCCAUGCACUGGGAAGACAGAUGAUCUAGUUCAUCAUCAAGCUAAAGAUGCAAGUGAAGAUCCCUACAUGACGCACCCCUUGGCUCAAGAAAAAAUAACUGAGAGAACUGAGGAGGAUCAUGAUGUUCAGGGUGGUGAGGACAAGGCACAUGGGACUCUCCAGAAGAUCCACAAACUGGUGAAGAGCAGUGUCAAGGAGAGCAGAAAUCCUCCAGACACCAAUGAAGAUGUCACAGUCAUAACCUGCAUAGGACUCUCUAAAAAGUCUGAGAAGAAGCACAGGAAAGAGUCUAACCUGCAGUGUGAGACAGGAAAUGAGAAAGACAUAACAGAAAUGGAAGGCUUGUGGAGCCCUGGACAUUUCCACCACCACUGGAGCUCCAUGGACGCCUGUUCAUUCUGGGAAUCAUCCUACCACACCUGCCACAGAUCUACAGCCGAUCCAUGGCUGUAUAACAUUAACUUCACUCUGCCCAGAGGAACCGAUCGGCACCGGUACGAGGAGCUGAUCCAUGAUUUGGACCUCCUUCGGAUGGAGUAUCCACCCCUGAGAGUCAUCCGUUCAUUCACUGACCUGGACAUGACUAACACUAUGAGGGUGCCUGACAAGUGUGAGUGCGUGUAG